UUAGACCGCGGCUUGUUGUUGUAUGAAGUUAGCGAAAACACACGGAAUAAUUCUCUUUAAACGAACCUAAUGUCCCAAAUACAACAGCCAGAAUGAUGGAAUCGCACCUGAACACUAAGGCUGAGCGACGGGACCAGGUGAAGGUGGACGACUUGAGGAUCGAUCUCUUAUCAGAGUUCAGCGCAUUACCUUACCCACAGCUUUCCAGCACCGACGAGCGGGAACACCUGAAGGUUUACCUCCGCAUCCGACCCUUCAGCUCAGCAGAGAGCCACAAUGGAGAGUCUCAGGACUGUGUGACUAUUGAGCCCCCGGACACAGCUUUACUGAAGCCUCCGAAUCUGUCCCUGUCAGCGAGGCUUAGUUCGGAAAAAUCUCUUCCUCAAACUGGACAACGCUUCAAGUUCUCCCAGGUUUAUGGUCCUGAGACUUCACAGAAAGAUUUCUUCCAGGGAACAGUGAAGGAUUUGGUGAAAGACGUCCUGGAGGGCGGGAACUCUCUGGUUUUCACAUACGGAGUCACCAACGCCGGCAAGACCUUCACAUUCUUAGGUCCAGAUGCUGAUGCUGGCAUCCUGCCCCGCACCCUGGAUGUUAUCUUCAGCAGCAUCGCUGAGCAGGUGUUCAACGGGACGAGCAUCAAACCUCAGCGAUGCAGAGAGUUCACCAGUCUCACCGCGGAGCAGCAGGCCGAGGAAGCCGCCUUCAAGAGACACUUCUUCAGACAAUUUAAAGAGAAUGAGAGGAGCAAUGCCAGCCUGCAGAGCUCCACCAAUAAGUCUCUCUUUGAAGGCACCUCCAUGAUGGAUACUUCAGAGGAGAGGAUCAAUCUGGAAGUGGACGCACACACAAAGUUCUCUGUUUGGGUUUCUUUUUGUGAAAUCUACAAUGAGAACAUUUACGACCUCCUGGAGGCGGCACCCAGCGGAGCCGUGAAGAGGAUCAAUCUGCGCCUGUCACAGGACGUCAAGGGCAACUCCUUCGUCAAAGAUCUGCGCUGGGUUCAGGUGAAUACAGCAGAAGAAGCUUACAAAGUGAUGAAGCUCGGCAAAAAGAACCAGAGUUUCUCCGCGACCCAACUCAACUUCCGCUCCAGCAGGAGUCACAGUAUUUUCUCCAUUCGGAUACUGAGGAUUGAAGACAUUGGGACUAUGCGGGUCCGCGCAGUCAGCGAGUUGUGUCUGUGUGACCUGGCUGGAUCGGAGCGGUGUGCAAAGACUCAGAACAAAGGAGAGCGCCUGAAAGAAGCUGGGAACAUUAACACGUCUCUGCUCAUACUUGGGAAAUGCCUCAAAGCACUGCGACACAAUCAGCAGGCCAAGCUGCUGCAGCAAGUUCCCUUCAGAGAGAGCAAACUGACCCACUACCUGCAGAGCUUCUUGUGUGGGAGAGGGAAAGCCUGCAUGAUCGUCAACAUCAACCAAUGCGCCUCCAUGUACGACGAGACCCUCAACGUCCUCAAGUUCUCUGCUGUGGCCCAGAAGGUGGUCGUCCUGUCCUCCCGUCCGCCUUCCAUCGUUCCAUCAUCAUCAUCCAAGAAGUCGGCCUUCGAGAUGUCCAUCCUCAUCAACAACGCUGACAGGAAGAAUCGGCCCGGCAACCGGAGGAGCUCCCUGAUUGGCUGGGAAAGCAGCCUAGAGGAUGUCCAGGAGGAUGAGGAUGACGAGGAUGAGGAAGAUCAGAGCCUGAUGGAGAGCACGAUGGAUCAGACGGGCGACGAAGAGGAAGUCACGCAGCAGCUGCAGGUCCAGCUGAAGAAGGAAAGAGCGGAGAACCUUCUGAUGGAGACUCGGGUCAGAGAUGAAAUCGGCAAAGAAUUCUCCGAGCUCUUCUCCGAGAUGCAGAACGAUUACAAUGAUCGCCUGUCGAGGGACAAAGAGAUCCUGGAGGAGAGAGCAGAAACUAGGAUGAAGAUCUUCAAGAAUCUCAUCGACAAGAUGGCCGACGCUGGACCCGGGCAAGACGCAAAAGCAAUGGAUGUGUUGGCUGCCUUUGAGGAGGAGAGGAGAGGAAGAGAGGAAGCCAUCACUGCUCUGGAGAUCCAAACUACAGGAAGAGAGGAGGCUCUGGCAUCUUUACAGAAGGAGAGAGGAGACAACGAGAAACUCCUAGAAUCUGAGAGGAGAGCGAAGGAUAAGGCCGCUGCAGAGCUCUCAGAAGAGAGUAAACAAAGGAUGGAGGUCGUUGCUUCUCUGUGUAGAGAAAGAAGAGUUAGACAGGAGGCUGAGAUUCGCCUGGAGGAGGAGAGGAAGGAGGUGAGACGUCUGAUGGAGGAAAGAGAAACACUCCAACAGGAAGUCAGAGAGAAGACGUCUAGACUGGAAACCAGCGAGCAGCAGAUGGAGGAGAACAGACGGGAAGAGGCGGAGGGACGCAGGGAAAUGAUGGCCGUCGCUCAUGAAGCCAUCGCUCAGAAAGACAAGGAGCUGGAGAAGAGAGGCGAGGAAAUCAACAGACUAAAAGAAAGCACCAAGCAGGACUCGGACGAAGUGAAGAGUCUGAGCGUCGACCUUCAGAGGAAAGAGGACGACUCGUCAGACCUCAAAGAGAAACUGGCCGACUACAAGAAGCAGAUCCAGCAGGUCCAGAAGGAGAUCUCGACCAUGAGAGAAGAGGAGAAGCUUUCGAAGCAGAAGCUGACCGACAUGGAGAAAUCCAAGAGGCAGCUUCAGUCCGACAUCGCCAGCAGAGACAGAACCAUCCAGACACUCAGAGUGACUGACACGCUCCACCAGAAAUCCUGCACAGACCUUGAAUCCACGCAGCGUGUGAUGGAGGAUAUGCGUCUGGCUCUGACGGAGCAGGAGGAGACGCAGGAGCAGAUGGAAACCGUCCUGGAGGAGAAACUCAACGUCAUCCAGGAGCUCUCCAGCGAGGUGGAGAAGUUGAAAGGAAUGUUGUUGCAGCAGGAUCGCCGUGGAAACGAUGCAAAUGAUCAAACCACCGGCCAAUCGGAUGACCUCAAACAGGCCAUACAGGAAGUGGCCCAGUCACAGGAACGCUUCAAGCUGUGUUCAGAGAAACAUCAGAGCGAGCGCAGGAAGUGGCUCGAUGAGAAGCUGCUUCUGAUUGGCCAGGCUAAAGAGGCGGAGGGCAAGAGGAACCAGGAGAUGAGGAAGUUUGCUGAAGACAGAGAGCGGCACGCCCGACAGCAGAGCCAGCUGGAGUCGUUGUCCUCCCAGCUGGCGGAGAAGGAGCAGCUGAUGGAGAAAUGGAGGAAGGAGAGAGACACUUUAGUCUCUGCUCUGGAGGUCCAGUUACAGAAGCUGCUCUCCAGCCAAGUGGAGAAAGAUAAGCUCAUCCAGCAGCUGCAGAACAAUAGCACACACACACCAGCAGAGUCUGCUGAGGGUGACGGUGUCGUGGCGGAGCUUCAGGCGGCUCUUUCUGAACGAGACUCUGAGAUCCUGCGACUGAAGGAAGAGCUCGAAGCUGCAAACAACAAACAGGAGGAAACACAGACUAAAACCACUGAAAGCGAAAGCCCUGCAACAUUGGUUGGGAAACCCCAGAGUGAAGGCAUCAAGAGGAAGUCAAGAGGAAGGCGGGACAACGGACUGUCCGUCAGCAGCCAGAGCUCUAAUGGCUACCCGUCGGUUUUGGACGCCUCUGAGAUUUCCACGGAGAACGGCAGGAUGAGUCGUUUCCCUCGGCCGGAGAUGGAGAUUUCCUUCAGCCCUCUGCAGCCGAACCGCAUGGCUCUGAGACGCCAAGGAGAGGAAAACUCUGUCACCGUCAAAAUCACCCGGUCGGCGCGCAAGAGGAAGAGCGUGGAGAUGGAAAAGUGUCACAUUUUUAGGAGGAGUAAACGACGAACAACACGCAAGGAAGAGUGGAGAACAAGAGGAACACCCAGGAUCAAAGCAACGCCAAAGCUCACCGCACACAAAGAGGAAGAGUCCUCUCCUGCUGAUGUUCACCACUCAUCUUCUUCCCCUCAGAGCAAAAUGGAAGGAGCGCUGCAGAAGUUCGGAGACUUUCUGCAGAGCUCUCCAACACUGCUGGGAUCCAAAGCUAAGAAGAUGAUGAGUCUGGUGAGCGGUCGUAGUGAUUUUGAAUCAGCUUCCUCCUCGUCUUCAUCGCUCAGCCUGAGACUCAAGAAGAGCAAAAAGAAACUGUACAGACCUGAGAUCUCCUCCCCGAUGGACAUGCCCUCAUAUCCAAUAAUCAGCAGAACGCCGGAGGAGAAAGAGAGCGACCAUCAGAUCAUUAAGAGACGUCUUCGCACGCGGACGCCUAAACUUUGAGCCUCCUUAUGUACUCACACUCUGACCAGAUGAAGGAAGCAUUAGGCUAUUAUCUUAUAUCUUAUUUAAUCUAAAAACGCAUAUUUGAAUAGUUAAAUAGGGAGGUUUUAGAAGAGGUAAAAUCACUAAGCUGGUUAUAAGGUUAAAGGAACAGUUCAACAUUUUGCGUCAGUGGAGUACAGCGCUUCGCGAUUGUCAACUGCAUUGCAGAUUGUUGCCGCGCAUGCGUACCAGUUAUGUGCACCCCUGCAUAUAGGACGUUUAGGGCCACAUGUGAACAUUUCUUUUUUUGACAUCUGACCAAAAGUGAAUUCAGAAUUAAGACAUCUAAGACUUUUUUUCUCUGGAUUUAAAUCAGAUUCUCAUAAUUAGAAAAAAUUAUUAAAAAUCUGAGAAUCUUUUUUUUUCAUCGGAAUUUUGACGGAAAAAACCGAACUUUUACCGAAAUCAGAUUUCUUUUUUCUGAGAUUACUAUUUUUUUCUAUGUUUGUUUUGAAACCCAAGACUCUUGAUUUAAGGCGGAAUUCUGGGAAAAAUCUAAAAUAAUUCUGUCUGGGAUUAAAGUUUGAAUCUAAAAAAUUCAGAGUGACUUUUUUCUCAGACAAAACAACACUUUUGGUCAGAUAUCGAAAAAAUCCACAUCUGGCUCUUCCGUAUAAGUUAGAUAUUCCAGACGCUGUAUUAUAUUUUCUAUUUAUCUGUACAUCAACACUACUAACAGAACUCUCACUGCACUUUAUUCUUUAUUUCAAACUAACUUAACCCUUUGUUUUUACUGAAACUAAUUUCUUCAGCUUUAGAGUGUUCUCGUUUCUCGCUGAAGGACAGCCGAGAGUUUCUCUGUUGUAAAACCUUCCUGAGUUUCAUCACAACAUUCCUUCUGAAAUUGUGCACUUUUCUCUUGAUUAUUACUUUUUUCUAUUAUCAUGUUUUCCUCCUUUUUGAAAAGUUGUUCUCAAAGUCUUAUCAGUCAUUAAAAUACGAGACUGCUUCUAAUA